AUGAAAUCAAGUAAUACCACAGCAAAACAGCCUUUUAAACCAUGUGAUAAUUGUACCUGUUCUAGGGGACUAUUAUAUAGACAGCAAUCCAGAAGGUCUAUUUUAUUUAGACAAAUAUCCAGAAGAAGUUCACUGUUGACAUCAACAACACCUUACAAUGUAGGCUCCAAUACUAGUAUAAACGACGAAGAUAGCGUCUAUUCAAGUGAUCAGAUUGGAUGUUCAUCAAGAAACAUCAAUACCACCAAGAGAUUAUUAAGUUUGAGAAAAGAGAUGAUAAAAAAAGAUUUAUGUUGCUAUAUAGUACCAAGUGAGGAUGAACAUCAAUCCGAAUAUGUUUCUUUUGCUGAUCAAAGAAGAGCUUUUAUCAGCGGGUUUACUGGUAGUGCGGGUGUUGCUUGUAUAACCCGUGAUGUUUUAAACUUCAACUUGGAUGCUCCAGAGGGGAAAUGUGUUUUGAGUACUGAUGGUAGGUAUUUUAACCAAGCCACCCAGGAGUUGGAUUACAACUGGUCGUUGCUGAGACAAGGAGUUGAUAAGACAACAUGGGAAGAAUGGUGUGUAAACGAGGCCUAUGAAAUGAGCAAAGGUUUGGGCAAUUCCAAGAAAAAGUUGAAGAUCGGGAUUGAUCCAAAAUUGAUUACUAUUGCUGAAGUUAGUAAGUUCCAAAAAUUAAUUGAAGAUAAAGACUACAAUAACUGUGUCGAGUUGGUCCCUGUCGAGACAAAUUUGAUUGAUUUGAUUUGGGACCAGUUUGAAGAUGCUCCUUCAAGGGCUUUGAAACCACUUUUCAUGCUGGACGAAGAAAAGUUUGCAGGGGAACCUUUUGUGGAAAAACGUAAUAGAUUGCUUAAAUAUCUAGAUGAAAAACACAAAAAUGGUAUGGUUUCUGAUUCUUCGCCAACCUUUAUUUCUAUUGCCUUAGAUGAGAUUAGCUGGUUUACCAACCUUAGAGGCGAGGAUAUUGACUAUAACCCCGUUUUUUAUUCUUAUUUGAUUGUUACGUGUAAAGACACGCUCUUAUAUACUGAUAAUGAAUACAGCUCUGAGAUAAAAGAAUAUUUUGCUAGGAAUAAUAUUAUAGUUAAGCCAUACAACGAUUUUUGGAAAGAGUUGGAACGCUUAUCCGCUACCAAUAAUACUGCUAGCACAAAUACUAUUGCUGGUAACAAAAGUUCAUCCAUAUUGAUACCAAACAACAGUAGUUGGGCCAUUGUUAAUAAAUUGAAAAACAAUUAUUAUCGGGCCAUUGAGUCGCCAUUAGAAGUUUUCAAAGCCGUGAAAAAUCAUACUGAGAUAUGUAAUGCCCGCAAAGCGCAAGUCAAAGAUGGUGUUGCUUUGGUCCAAUAUUUUUCAUGGUUGGAAAAUGAAUUGGUCAAAAAACAGAGUUUGAUUGAUGAAUAUAAGGCUAGUUGUAAAUUAACUAGUAUAAGAGAAACGCAAAGUAAUUUUAGGGGCAAUUCCUUUGAAACGAUUUCAUCAACUGGUAGUAAUGCGGCUAUUAUUCAUUAUUCACCAAGCGAAGAGAAUUGUAGUAUGAUUGAUCCACUUAAGAUAUAUCUAUGUGAUUCUGGAUCUCAGUUUUUGGAGGGGACCACUGAUAUUACCAGAACAUUUCAUUUUACCGAGCCAAAACAAGAAGAGAUUGAUAAUUACACUUUAGUUUUAAAAGGUAAUUUAGCUUUGGAGAGGUUGAUAAUUCCAGAAGGUACUAGUGGUUACAAUAUUGAUGUUAUUGCUAGGCAAUUUUUGUGGAGCCAAGGCUUAGAUUACAGACACGGGACAGGACACGGGGUAGGAUCGUAUUUAAAUGUGCACGAGGGACCUAUUGGUAUUGGAUUUAGACCUCACUUGGUUGAAUUUCCACUUAAAGAAGGGAAUAUAAUUACCAACGAACCUGGGUAUUAUAAGGAUGGUGAGUAUGGUAUUAGAAUUGAAAACGAUAUGCUAGUUGUUAAAACUGAUUUGAAAUUUGGUGAUAAAGGGUUUUUGAAAUUUGAAAACUUGACGCUGGUUCCGUAUUGUAAGAAAUUAAUUAAUGUUAAGAUGUUAACAAGUGAGGAAAAAAGACAGAUUAAUGAAUAUCAUACCAGAGUUUGGGCUUCGAUUGUCCCAUUUUUACAACCGCAAAGUUUGGCUUAUAAAUGGUUAAAGAGAGAAACCAGUAAAAUUAAGUAA